AUGCUUGAACAUGUCCGAAUCGCUUCUGAUCCAUGUCCGAAACUUGUCGCUAGAACUAUUUGUCGAUUAUCUUUUGUUUCUUUGUCGGAGUCAUUUCACGCCGAAACGGGAGAAUUUGAGUCACAGGGCGCCGAGUUGUCACAGUAUACCAGCGUCAUCCGGUCCAAAGCGGGCUUGCAACCGCGGCAUUCCAAGGAUGAACGGGGAUUACGGGGUCGAGAACUUGUCCGGUCCGGCCCCAGGGUCCGUAAUGAAGCCGGAGGUGCUCUUACGAUACGCCCUCUGGAGAAUCAUAUAAUAAAGCAAGAUUCAGUCAUGGGUCUCUUAUCCUCGUUUGCCUCACCCAAAAACGUCCAAGUCUACGCCCUUCCAACGGGGUGGGUACAUUUGCCCGACAAAUGGCUGUUCGAAGACGGCGACGAUGAUAUUAUGAAAGCACGAAGCCGCUUUCCUGACUAUAGCUUCCUCAUAUGCAAUCCGUCGGGAAAGAAUAUUCUGUUUGAUGCUGGUAUGCCAAAGGAUUUUGAUGUUAUUCCGCCACUCAAUCGAUCCAUCGAUCAUAUUUUUGAGCCCUAUGUCCCCAAAGAUGCGCGCGAUCUGCUUUCCGAGGGCCCAAUCUCGCCAGACUCCCUCAGCGCCAUCGUACUCAGCCAUAUUCACUUUGACCACAUUGGAGACCCCUCGACAUUUCCCAAUAUUCCCUACAUCACAGGGCCGGGAACAAAAGAAGCUGCAUUGCCAGCGUACCCCACUAACCCGAAUUCCACGAUGCUGGGCUCGCUCCUGGAUCGUGACAAUUACACGGAGCUGAGCUGGACGAAGGACAGAUGGACUGAGCUGGGUCCUUUCUCACAUGUUCACGACUUCUUCGGCGACGGCAGCUUCUUCAUUGUUGACACUCCAGGCCAUCUCCCAGGUCAUGUCAUCGGAUUAGCUCAGACAAAGCCUGAUGAAUGGGUUAUCUUGGGUGGUGAUUGUUGUCAUCAUCGCGCUCUGCUCAAUGGCAGCCGCCAAGUGAGUCUGACAGGAUGUCCUGGCGGAACCAGCAUGCAUACAGAUACAGCUGUGGCAAUCAAGUCCAUUGAGAAGCUCAGAGAGCUAGACCAGGACGAGACUGUAUUCGUGGCGCUUUCACACGAUGCGAGUCUGGAGGGUAAGAUGCCCGAGUAUCCCCAGUGCUUGAACGGGUGGCGGGAGUCGGCAUGGUGGGAUUCAAUGCGUCGGGAGAGGAUGCAAUCAACAGCCGCAUGAGAUGGAGAGCCAACGAUGGAAGACUCUUGAGCAGGAAAAGUCAUUUGGUGUAGGACAGGCGCAUAUCACUGAGUGUACUUGUCAAGCGGGGGACAGAAAAACCGAGACUGAAAAGGUUACGAACACACGCGCCUCAAAUAUUACGCCUACAAAUCCUAACUCUUUGAGCAUCUGCUACGG